CCCCGCUCCCUCCAGGUUAAUCGAUAACUGUUAUCGGGCAUGCAGCCGGCGAGUUCGUACUCCUUUGUUUACAUAACUUUGCAAGAAGCCUGUUGCCUUUUAAGCGGAAAAAUAAAAAAAUUUAAGUUACUCUGUUCUAUCAGACUUCUAUCGGCCGACUUCUGGAAUGAGUGCCAUGGAAUCGAGGGACCAGAAAACUUCGAAUGAGGACGACUCCACAGAAAUCUCCGAAUUGGAUGUGGGCAGUGAUAGGUUUAAUCCUCUGCGAGCGUUAUACGAACCCAAUUUUAGGGUGACCGAUGCUGUUCCAAAGGUCAUCUACCAGAAUCUGGCUGCCUUCGAGAGUGCACUUAAAAAGUUCGGCAUCUGGCAGCUGAACAAGCGCCAAAAGCCGGGAUCCGCAGAAGGAGGAGAUCAGGGGACAUCGAAAAAGGCUUCCACUUCCAAGGCAGUAGAUAUUCUACCUUCUGAGCGACGUUUUGAACCGCACCAGAUGCCCACCACUAGUAGCAGAACGAAGCAUCAUCGAAAUAUUUUCACCUACAUGGAGGCGGCUGUCGGUCCAUUGGAACUCCUAACGAAGUGCAUACCCCCUGCUAGCCACAAUGAAUCCACUGAAAGGAGAAGAGUUCGGGUGGUGGUGCGCAAGCACGGAUCGGUGGGCGGCAGAGUCGAGGGUGAGCUGUUGGCCUUUGACAAGCAGUGGAACCUCCUCCUGAGAAAUGUUACCGAAACUUGGAAGCGACGAAAGUACAAAUAUGGAGAGCAAAACAUAUGCGACACACCUGUUGAUUGCACAGGGCGCCUCAAGGAGUUGGGUAUCACACUUCCCAGGACUGAAGUCAAAAGUCUAAACCGAAAAAACGUGGAGAUUCGGCGAGAGCUCUCACAGAUUUUAAUACGCGGCGAGAAUGUAGUUAUAGUUAGUUUAAUACCAACAAAAUAG